ACAGGACAAGACAACAUCCCAUCUAUUAUUAGGAAAUGUCUGAGAGGUUUGGUGAUUGGUUCUCCUAUAAUAAUACUCCACGAGCUAGAAUAUUCCGGUCAAACCAGCAGACGGUCCAGGACAAGGAGACUAUGUACAAUUUAAUGAGAUCUAACAACUACGGCAUAUCCAAUGAAGGCCAAGUCCAAGGCUGCAAUGGUUCAAUUCCUGCUGCAGCGAUAGCAGCUAGGACGGAUCUCCAAGAUGAAAAUGUAGAAUGUACAUGGAGACAGUUUGAUUAUAUGGAAGGAAGGAAAAACUACGGAGCUCUGGAUGUGAAAAUUGUCGACAGGAAGGAUAAUCAUGGAAAGUCCAGUUCUGAUAUACACCAUGGAAGCAUAUUGGCUGAAAACGGACCUACUCAUUCUGGUGGAAUAGAACCUUUCUCAUGGUCAGAUGCAGAUAUUCCUGACUAUUCUCCUGUAAGAACAUACAACUUCUCUGCUGUGCAUGUGACCUGGAGAGAUACUGAUGAAACUCUUCCAAUCCAACCCAGAUCUGGUUCAGAACCCGGAGCAACCUCGUAUCAAUUCAUUCUGCUUUCCAUCCUUCUAGUCAGUCUCAGAUAUUGGGCUCUAUAAAUAUAUAUAUACAGAUUUUCAUUCAAGGUUCCAUGAAUUUUGUAUUUUUUUAAAGUGAUGAUUAUUGUAAAGGAACAUUAUCUAUAACUUAUUCUUUAGUAUGUUAACUAUACAAUACAAUGACUAUAUAUUGAAAGCUGUAUAAAUUCUAAUCUAUAAUAAAGCUCUUCGCUCAUGUA